AUGGGGAAACUGCUGUCCGCCGUAACAAUCCUUCUAGCGGCAACGCAAACCGUAUCAGCAGCCUGCACGAACCCAAGCAUACGCAAGCCAUGGACGGCAUUAACGGAGGGCCAGCGGUCGUCUUACGUUAACGCGACGUUAUGUCUAAUGGAUCCGGAGCAAGCUCCGGCCAAAGUCGGCAGCUGGGGCGCCAAAAGCCGUUGGGAGGAACUCCUUGUUGCACAUGUAGCUCAGGUUCGGUUCAUUCACACCGUAGGUGCAUUGUUCCCCUGGCACCGCUGGUACACCAAAAUCCACGAGGAUCUUCUCCGCAAUGAAUGCGGCUACACCGGCCCCUAUCCAUACUGGGACGAACAGGCAGACCAAGCUCUCCGGCUAAUCGAACACGCGAGCGUAUGGGACCGUCCGGCCGCUAACACCUCAGCCGUAGCCGCCUUCGGAACUGGUAGAACCGACGAGAACAACUGCGUUCUAGACGGCGCGUUUACCGAAUACCGCCUGGAAAUCACGACACAACUAGAGCGAGUCCAGCCUGGCACUUGCCUCACCCGCGGCCUCAACCAAACCGCCUUCGAUACCGUUUCGUACAAGAACAUCGUGGAGCCGUGUAUGGCUGUCGAAUCAGACGACUACGCGGAGAUGUUGAAUUGUUUGGGAAACACACCGCAUAGCGGCGGCCAUCUUGGCGUUGGCGGCAUCAUGAGAGACCAAGCACGGUCCCCGGCCGAUCCGAUCUUUUGGCUGCACCACACGAACUUCGACAGGCUGUGGUGGGAAUGGCAGGCGGCCAACCUCUCGACGCGGUUAUACGCGAUGGGCGGGCCGAACGUGGCGACAGCGCAGGUCUUUAUCGACAUUCAGCCGACCAUUCUCCCCAUCGAGUCCUUUGUGCCGCAUUUUGGCGACGGCGGGAACGUAACGACGCUGAAUCACGUCUUGUGGAUGCCUGGUCUGGCUGAGAAUGCCACUAUUAGGGAUUUGAUGGAUAUUCGGAGCGAGUUCCUGUGCUUCGAUUUCCAAACGAGCAAGGCCCAGGCGCUUCAAGAUUACAAACUAGCCACGAUGAAGAAACUACGGUCCUUCAACGACGAUAGCAUCACAGAAGACGACACACUCGCCUCGCUCAAGGCAAGGCGAAUGACAGUGGCAGAAGACAUGCUGGGGAAACUCGGCGCGAACGUAACCAUCGAGCCGCCCUUCUUCUUAACAUGGGGCUGCAACGUAUUCGUCGGCGACGGAGUCUACAUCAAUCGCGAGACGUCGAUUUACGAUAAUGCCCUCGUGAGCAUUGGUGACCGCGUGCUAAUCGGGCCCGGAGUAUGCAUCUGCACCGGGACGCAUGCCGCUGACAUGCACAGCAGAAGCCGGGAUUCCGGGACGUCGUUCGCCUUGCCUAUUCGUAUAGAGGCAGAUGCCUGGAUAGGCGCUCGCGCGACUGUUCUUCCAGGAGUCACAAUAGGACGGGGCGCGACGGUAGCUGCUGGCGCUGUGGUGACGAAGAAUGUGGAGGCGGAGAGCCUGGUUGGAGGUGUUCCUGCCCGCUUCAUUAAAAGCUUGAAGGAUAGUGAUGAGGGUGUUCCGAGUUAA